AUGCCUCCCGCCCUUUAUCUUGUCCGCCACGGCCAAGGCGAGCAUAACCUCCAUGACUCUCACCAUCUUCGCGAUGCGCAUCUCACUGAUACAGGCAAAAACCAAUGUCGUGACUUGAGAGAUAGUUUUCUUUACCAUGAUGAUCUCUCUCUCAUUCUGGCAUCUCCUUUGAGGCGAACUAUUCAAACCGCGGCGCAUGCUUUUCAUCCAGCUUUAGAAAAGCGCCAGAUUCCCUUCGUCUUGGCCCCCAAGGCACAGGAAAUCAGUAAGCGGCCCUGCGAUGUCGGUCUGAUUGUGAUGUUCUCAUGGCUGAGAUACCAGCUUACUGGAGGAUGGUUGGGGAAUUCAAAGAAAGAUUUAUAUGUCCCUACAACUGGAGCGGUGCGAAGGCGUGCAGCUCAACUGCGAGUCUGGCUAUGGCAGCUUCCACACGAGCAUGUCCUCUUGGUGUCUCAUGGAUCCUUCCUGCAUUACCUGACUGAAGAUUGGUCAUUCUAUGCCACUGCCUACCGCAACUGUGAAUAUCGACGAUUCACUUUCACGGAAGAUUCCACUGAAAGCGAGGCAUAUCUGCUUGAAGUUGGGAGGACCUCUGCAAAGAUCGGAAGGCCUUUGGGUGUGGAUGCCGAUCUGCUGCUAGACCUUCAGGAAGUUGAAGGCGUGAGCUAA